CAAAACGUGAACCGUUCUGUGGAAUCCUUUCAAGAGAAAGAAAAUUAUGGAGCAGCAUUAUGGAAAAAAUUAUAGUUCUAAUGAAAAUAUGAAAACUGCAUUUAAUCCAUUGGAGCAGGAGGAAAUGUCGAAAUUGCUUUCGAUGCAAUUGGGACCAGAAUAUAUAUCUCGUCGAAGUGGACCUGGCGGUGCUUCGGUAACCUACUUAGAAGCAUGGAAAGCAAUUGAGCUUGCCAAUGAAAUAUUUGGGUUCAAUGGGUGGUCUUCUUCUGUUCAGAGCAUUCAUGUCGAUUAUAUUGAUGAGUCUAAAGAAACACAAAGAUACAGUAUUGGCCUAAGCGUAAUUGUUCGCAUUACACUCAAAGAUGGAACCUAUCACGAAGACAUUGGAUACGGAUCGAUUGACAAUUGUCGUGCUAAAGCUCUUGCUUUUGAAAAGUGCAAAAAGGAGGGUACUACUGACGGUUUAAAACGCGCGUUGAGAAACUUUGGUAGUAGUAUGGGGAACUGUCUUUAUGAUAAAACUUACAUUCAGAGAAUUUCUAAGAUGGCUCCACCCAAGAGCGACUUCAACUAUUCAAAUCUUUUACAGAGAAAUAGACAGCGUAGGAGGGCACCAUCUUUAAGACCUCCAUCAGAUGCUCAAAAAGUCGAAAAUGAAACGAAAGCUUCCAUCAAAACUGAACAGCUCUCGGAAGGAAACUCAAAGCGUAGUUUAAACAACAUGAAACAUGGAACGAAAGAGGAUUUUCAAACGAAAGGCAAUGAAUAUUCGGCUUUACCGAACCCUAGAUUGUCUCCUGAAAUAGCACAUUCCGAAACAGAUUUGUACGCAGACGAAGAACUUGACACCUUUCUUAUGCAUAAUGACCGUCCACUAAUACCUGAGUCACCUCGAGUAGACGAUUUCGAGGAGUACGUAUGAUUUUUUUGGAAUAACAAAAAGCCUCUAACUACGACAUCAAAGCAUGAUAGAUGAAUUGGAUGAAAUGGAUGACCAAUUGCAGCCUCAGCAACCUGUAGAUACAUCACUAAGUAAUGCUUCCAGCAAACCCGAUCAAAAUACCCCUGUUCAGUUCAUGAAUGCUCGAGCAGCAUUAGAGAAUGAUAAUUUAAACAAAAAUCCUAGCUUUCAAGUGCGCAAGGCAACUAACUCUAUUCCAAAAACAAGCGGAAUUGACCAUAGUCGAUCCAUGCCUACUCGUAAGCUAUCUACUAAAAUCCUUUCUAAAGGGGAACACCAAUGAAAAGAUGAUUUCCUUUAAAACUAAAUGAAUUUAUUUAGCUUUUCUGAACCAGUUAACGUGUCUUCACCUUUUUAUAGUUACCAUAUCCUGAUGAUUAUUGCAUGUCUGUUUGACAGAGGAAAUUAAAUAAAAUUUCUUCAAAUGAA